AUGUCCGUCCAUUGUCCAUCCUUCGGGAGUUUGAAACGCAUAUCCAAAUCCUUCCUCAGACCAUCCCGCAAUAAAUAUCCCUUGCGCCGUCGCAAAACCCUCACUCCUUAUCUUGUGCUCGGAAAAAAGAUCAGGCAGACCCGAGGCCGCCACGUACCACUGCCCCGCCAGCUGGUCCGCCUGGAUCGACUUGCUGUUGCCGCUCGACCCGCUGUCAUAGUUGAAAUACGACCCAUUCCAAAGCUUCUCCUCCAAAACCGCCUUUGCUUUUACGAAUUUGCCCCUGCAUUUGUCCGCAAACGCCUCGUCACCCAGCUGGAAGCCCAUCGUGGCAGCUGCCUGGAGGGCUGCUAG